UUCUGUUUUUGGCUUUUUGCUGAUUUCUCCUUGCGCAAGCAAACUCAAAAAACGCAGCAGUUUUUCCUUUAAGAAAAAAAGCAGUAGAACUCCUUCAUUCCAACUCAGUGCUCAUGGAUGCGCAAGAAGGAACUCAGCAGUCACAGCAGCUAAUCCUUGCUCACAAAGUCUUCCUCCUCAAGCACCGGGAUGUCCCUGACAUCGAGAAGGUCCGACUCAAGGAUGAGGUCCUAAACACCGUCAAAUCCAAUUAUAUGACUCCAUAUUAUGAAAACCUAGUCGCGGACAAGGUGCUGGACCUGGACCACAGCGUUUUGGACUCGAUGCGUGCAAAGAAUGAGGAAGAGAUUAAAAAGAUCGACGAAAAGAUUGCUGAUGCUGAAGAAAACUUAGGUGAAAGUGAAGUUCGAGAAGCACAUUUAGCUAAAUUCUUAUAUUUCAUUCAGAUUGGUGAAAAGGAGAAAGCAUUGGAGCAACUGAAGGUGACAGAAAACAAGACAGUUGCUGUUGGGCAAAAGAUGGACUUGGUCUUCUACUCGUUGCAGAUAGGCUUUUUCUAUAUGGAUUUUGAUCUUAUUUCUAAGAGUAUUGAUACAGCGAAAAACUUGUUCGAGAAAGGAGGUGACUGGGAGAGAAAGAACCGUUUGAAGGUGUAUGAAGGCUUGUAUUGCAUGUCCACUAGAAAUUUUAAGAAGGCUGCCAAUCUAUUUUUGGAUUCCAUUUCUACCUUCACAACUUACGAACUUUUCCCUUAUGACACAUUCAUAUUUUACACUGUGCUUACAAGCAUCAUAUCAUUGGAUAGAGUUUCUCUGAAACAAAAGGUGGUUGAUGCUCCUGAAAUCUUGACUGUGAUUGGAAAAAUUCCACAUCUUUCGGAAUUUUUAAAUUCUCUUUACAAUUGUCAGUACAAAUCAUUCUUCUUAGCAUUCGCUGGCCUGACAGAGCAGAUCAAAAUGGACCGCUGUUUGCAUCUACAUUUCCGGUUUUACAUGAGAGAGAUCAGGACUGUUGUUUACUCUCAAUUUUUGGAAUCCUACAAGAGUGUUACUAUUGAAGCCAUGGCAAAGGCUUUUGGGGUGACGGUAGAAUUCAUUGAUCAGGAGCUAUCUCGUUUUAUCGCAGCAGGGAAGCUUCAUUGCAAGAUUGACAAGGUUGCUGGUGUCCUCGAAACUAACCGCCCUGAUGCGAAGAAUGCUCUUUACCAGGUCACUAUUAAACAAGGUGACUUCUUAUUAAACCGGAUCCAGAAGUUGUCUCGUGUCAUUGAUCUAUGAAUUAGUUAGGUAUUUCAUCGGAUUUAGAAAUGGAGAACCAAUAUUUUCAAGUUUGAAAGAAAUAUGGAAAAUAUAAAAUAAUGCUUUUGGAUUCAAUUUUGUUCUUUUGUUUCAUGAUUGUGAUACUAUUCCCUUUUGGUCAAUGAAUUUGAUUCUAUUUUAUCCC